AAUCGUGAUUUGAAAAUUGGUUGUAAUUUAACAUUGAGAGAUGGCGAACGCGAAAGACAAUUUGUCAGCGGUUUCAGGUUCGCGUGAUGCAGCGCGAUAAAUACAAGUGAAACGUGUCAAGGAGCUAUCCUGUUCGAAACUCGCCACUCGCGUUUUUUUCGCGCCUCAUCCCGUCGAAAAUGAUGGCCGCGCGAUAAUCUCUCCUCGUCGCUAAUCUCGCACCGAUCAUUCAUCGCGCGUACAGAUUUAUCAUUGAGUUUAGCAUUGAACGAGACCUUGCUGCGACGACGCUAAUAGAUUGACCAGGAUCAUUAAAAGUAGAACGUAACCUUCUCCCGCGUAUCCUGUACACCCCGUAGCAUCUGCUCUUGUGCUUGGCAAUUACUACGUCACAGCGUACUAAUAACUAAUUAGCCGAGGUAAUGACGGGACAAUAGGCGGCAGGCACGAUGGAUGGGAAGUGCUUAGUUCGACGAUAAAUGCUUGCCCCCCUGGCCUACAUUUAAUGUUUCCACAAUGAACAACUCGUGCGUGCGUCGGCGAGGGAGAAAGAAUUGUUUUCUAUAUGUACCGUUGCUUUUGGCCGCUCGUUCUCCUUCUGCAUUAUACGUUUUCACGAAUAUCUCUCUAUAGUGCUUAUCAUCUUGGCCGAUAUUUGUUAAAAAUUAUUCUCGCGACGUAAAUCUCCCAAAAUCAACACGGACAAGUCUUUCCGCCUUGCGUUGAAAAUAAUUCAACUUGAAUUUCUGGAAAGGAUUUAUGCACCGAUCGAUCGUCUCUCGAUCAGUCAGAAUCGAACCAAUGUCAACGUGGUGGGGGAUGAUCUAUUUGGGGCUGCGCGGCGACGCGGACGUCGUCGCAAGAAUCAGUCAGCGAGGUGAAUCGUGACGAAAGGUGAAGCAUCGCUAUAGAGCGGAAACGGGCCGAAUUAUUUCAACACGAGACGAGUGUUCGACCGACGUAAUUGGAACCGAAUUCUCUUAUGUACCUUUACGUGCAUUCCGUCUGACGUUUCAAACUCUUCUCGGCGGAGCAGAGAAACCGCGGCACAAACCAUCGACGCAAAAUUCCGUUAAAGCCCGAACAGGAUGGCGGCGGAUGAUCCCCUUUACUGGGAACCUUUGGUGUCCGUCGAGUUUGAAGUUUUCGGAAAAGUACAAGGUGUGUAUUUCCCAAAGUAUGUGAGGGAUAUAUGUCUGCAAUUGGGAAUUUGCGGUUGGGUGAAAAACAGUAAAACCGGCACAAUCCUCGGGAAGAUGCAAGGACCCCGGGCGCUUGUCGAUCAGAUGGCACAGUGGUUAACGUCAGUGGGCAGUCCGAACAGUGAGAUAGAUCGUUGCGAGUUUACGAAUUGGGAGAACGUCACAAAGCAGCAGUAUCAAGGUUUUGCGAUUCGUUUCUAAGAGUCUGAUGCACGGUUUAAAAUGCACAAGUUUCAGCUCUGAUGCAAACAAGUUGACUUGCGACAGAACAGACUCAAAAUUCCACAACGACAAUCGAAAACAAUCUCAUCUUCUGCGAUAGUUUUAUCGAACACGCGUCUUAUCGCAUUUUUAGCAGAUCGCUAAUUUGCGUACGAUUGAGGCGACAAAUGUAAUAUUUAAAGUAUUUUUAAUAAAUUAUAGAUCCCU